AUGCGUCCGCAAUCACUGUACUUUAUCGUUCCCACUGCCAAUUUUGAUGUGAACAUCUGCGUCAAGGACUCCUAUGACUACAGCUCCACCACGCAAGAGACGGCUGUGCUCAGCGUGUCAAACACAGCUCUGGGCAUCGAUAUCGUCAAAAGCAAUCUGCCGCUGAACAAAGAUUUUGCAUCGUUUUCGCUCGUGGAGGGAUUCUAUCAGCUCACCGCCAAGGCGCCAAAUCAUCGUACUGUCUCAGAAGUCGUGCAUAUUAGCCCAGCCAAUACAUCGUUCUGUGUGGAAUUGGAGGCAGUCGACCCACGUUCUCUUCUGACGACUGGUGAUGGUGGAGUGACCGUUAUGGAAGUGAAAGCUACGAAUUUGGUAAACGUUACGAAAUUCUGA